AAGUGACUAGACCAGGACCGGACGUGACGUUCGGACAUCUCACUGCAAGUUAAAUGGCAGCCUACACAUCUGCCACGCUUGCCUAGUAAACUGCUGUUUUACAUACUUUUCUCUCAAAAUACUCGCAAAUAUCAUCUUAAACCAUGUCCGGGCGACAAAACAACAAACUGCCAAACAAUUUGCCACAACUGCAGAAUCUCAUUAAAAGAGAUCCACAGUCAUACGUAGAUGAGUUUCUGCAGCAGUACCGACACUACCAGUCCAAUGUUCAGAUCUUCAAACUGCAGCCUGACAAGCCGAACAAGGAGCUGGCAGAUCUUGUCAUGUUUCUCGCUCAGGUUUGUCACUGCUACAUGCAGCACAUGACCACCUUUCCACAAGAGCUGUCUGGGUUAUUGAUGAGUCACCACACAAUGCUAGAGCCAGACCUAAGAAUGACUUUCUGCAAGGCGCUGAUUCUUUUGAGGAAUAAAAAUCUGAUCGACCCAACCUGCCUCCUGGAGCUCUUCUUUGAGCUGCUGCGAUGUCACGACAAACUUCUCAGAAAGACUCUGUACACACACAUUGUAACAGAUAUCAAAAACAUCAAUGCCAAGCACAAGAACAACAAGGUUAACACAACGUUACAGAACUUCAUGUACACCAUGCUGAGAGACAGUAAUCCCUUAGCAGCAAAGAUCUCUUUAGAUGUAAUGGUGGAGCUAUACACAAGGAACAUAUGGAAUGAUGCCAAAACAGUUAAUGUCAUUACAACAGCGUGCUUCUCCAAGGUGACAAAGAUCCUUGUUGCCGGUCUCAAAUUCUUUCUUGGCAAAGAUGAGGAUGAGAAAAAUGGAAGUGAUUCAGACUCAGAGGCGGAGGGACCAUCAGUCCGAGACCUGAAGGUGAGAUACUCCACUGGCAAGAAAACCUCCAAAAACAAGAAGAAGCUGGAAAAGGCGAUGAAUGUCCUCAAGAAACACAAGAAAAAGAAGAAGGUUGAAGUGUUCAAUUUCUCUGCUAUUCACCUAAUUCAUGAUCCCCAAGAUUUCGCCGAGAAACUCUUGAAGCAGUUGGAAGACUCUAAAGAGCGCUUCGAGGUGAAGAUUAUGAUGAUGGAGUUCAUAUCCAGACUGGUUGGUAUCCACGAGCUCUUCCUCUUCAAUUUUUAUCCCUUCGUCCAGAGGUUUCUACAGCCACAUCAAAGAGAGGUGACAAAGGUUCUGCUGUGUGCUGCCCAGGCUUCACAUCAACUCGUCCCACCAGAGAUCAUCGAACCCGUAAUCAUGACCAUCGCCAACAACUUUGUGACGGACAGAAACUCUGGGGAGGUUAUGACUGUGGGUAUCAAUGCCAUCAAGGAAUUGACAGCCCGCUGUCCACUCGCCAUCAAUGAAGACUUGCUGCAGGACCUGGCCCAGUACAAGACCCACAAAGACAAGAAUGUGAUGAUGUCUGCCAGAGGACUGAUCCAGCUGUUCAGGAGUCUCAAUCCACAGAUGCUGAACAAGAGGGACAGGGGGAGACCCACAGAGGCGUCAACAGAGGCCAAGAUCAAAGACUACGGCGAGCUCGAGGCUAAAGAUUAUAUUCCUGGAGCUGAAGUCCUGGAGGUGGAAGAGGGGAACAAAGAGGGAGAGAAGGAUGAAGAUGGCUGGGAGAGCGCCAGUAUUAGUGAUGAUGAUAAUGAAGAUGGGGAGUGGGUGGACGUUCACCACUCAUCUGACGAAGACACAGGAGAAGUGGUGGAGAAGCUUCAGAAUAUGCCAGUCGAGGAAAGGAAAGCCAAAGCGGCGGCGGUCAGUGGCAGUAGGCUCCUCACUCAAGAUGACUUUAAGAAGAUCCGUCUGGUCCAGCUGGCCAAGGAGGUCAACGCUGCACCAGGCAAGGGCCAGAAAAGGAAAAAUGUGGAGCUCGACGAUGAGGACGAGAACAGAGGGGAGGUGCUGACCUUGAGGAAUAUUGAGAAACUGCAUAAGAAACCAAAAGCAGACAAGGAAACGCGCCUGGCAACAGCAAUGGCGGGGCGGACCGACCGGAAGGAUUUUGUCAGGAAGCGGACCAAGCUGAACCCACAUGCCGGCACCACCAACAAGGAUAAGAGGAAGACGAAGAACUUCAUGAUGAUGAGACACAGUCAGAAUGUCAGAACCAAAGGCAAACGCUCCUUCAGAGAGAAACAGAUUGCUCUGCGGGAUGCACUCCUGAAAAGGAAGAAGCAGUACAAGUAGGAGACAUGGACAUAAUGUUAUAUUUGCCUCGUGCUGGCCAUCUGAUGAGCAUCACAGAGAACGUCAAAUAAUAUUGUACAUCCUUAAGUAGCCUGUAAAAAAUGGUCAGUUUAUUGUAUUAUUGAAUGAACUGUAUACAUUUACUCUGUUCUAAAAUAAACAAUCUUUGAUAA